GUCCAGAUGCCUUUGGACACCCUUGUUGGGAGGGAGAGAAGGAAGCUGGGAAGGGGGCCAGGCCGGGCAAGACGCGAGGCUGGCCGUUUGCUUGGUCACCCUGCGCACCUGCGGCCCGGCCUGCGGAUCGCGUUCAAGGGAGACACAUCCCUGACCCGGACUCCAGCCCAGGUGUGGCCGCGGUCUCAAGGCUGCUCGGCGUGGAAGCUGCCAGCGCCUGGCACGGACCUGCAGUGGAGCAGCUGCAGAGCCGCCCUUUGUCUGGGUGUCGCAUCGGACUGUGAUGGGCAGUGUUAAGAAAAAUGGGAAUUGCCACAGAUUAUGGAACGCUAAGUGGUUUUAUUCCCGGAAUAAAGAGGGAGUCAUACGACGAUGCCGAUUUGAAAAAAUGAUUUCCUAUGUGCAGAUUUUUCCAUCAGACAGCUUGAUUAUAACAGUUGUGGCUGUUUGCGUUUUAAGUUGCUUAGGAUUCAGUGUCAGGCUUCAUGCCUCUCUAUUUGAGAUCAGAACUAGAAUAUUAUUAGAUCACUGAGAUUCCUGAAUUUUUGUCCAGUGAAGGAAAACUAGACGCUGUGUUUACUUGGACUAGUAAAUCAGUAUAACAUUUCAUAAUGUCUGGCAAACUGCUUCAUUUUUCUGCACCACGGUUUUGUCAUCGGUGUUUCCUGGAAGUAUUCCUGUCAGCGGUAACAGUUAUGCGGUGGUGAAAGAAUGGGGAAGCAUCUGAGUUCCUAAGUAUACUUUAUGGGAAUGAAAAAAAUGUUUUUGUGAACUGAAAAUACAAUUAAAAACAAAAGUUUUUUUUUUUUUUUUUAACUUUAAGGCAUCAUUAGCUUCGUGGUCAAAUCAAAACAGUGGGCAUCAUCACCUGUGUGGAAGGGCGGGGAAUUUUAAUGUGAAAAUGGUCCCUGCUUUUGUUUCUGCUUGGGAAAUACAGGAGUCAUGCAAUAUAGAACUGCCAUGUGCACUGUACUUCACACACCAGUGAGAAUGAACAGCAGUGAGAAAUAGGCCAGAGAGUUAAAAUGACUGAAAGAAUUAAGUGGCUUCUCCUGUAUCCCCUUAUUUGUCAGUGUAUUUUUUUUUUAUAAUUUUUAUUGUGCUUUAAGUGAAAGUUUACAAAUCAAGUCAGUCUCUCACACAAAAACCCAUACACACCUUGCUACACACUCCCAAUUACUCUCCCCUAAUGAGACAGCCUGCUCUCUCCCUCCACUCUCUCUUUUCGUGUCCAUUUCGCCAGCUUCUAACCCCCUCCACCCUCUCAUCUCCCCUCCAGGCAGGAGAUGCCAACAUAGUCUCAAGUGUCCACCUGAUCCAAGAAGCUCACUCCUCACCAGCAUCCCUCUCCAACCCAUUGUCCAGCCCAAUCCCUGUCUGAAGAGUUGGCUUCAGGAAUGGUUCCUGUCCUGGGCCAACAGAAGCUACAAAAGACCCCACAGCAGUAGAGAGAGCGAACUUACUAAACAUGGCUAAACUGAGUAUCAAAGGACUCAUUGAAUCUGCUCUCAGCUUUGGCCGUACUUUGGAUUCCGACUACCCCCCCUUGCAGCAGUUCUUUGUUGUUAUGGAACAUUGUCUGAAACACGGUCUUAAAGUAAGAAAAUCAUUUUUGAGUUAUAACAAAACUAUCUGGGGUCCUUUGGAACUGGUGGAGAAGCUGUACCCAGAAGCAGAGGAAAUAGGAGCCAGUGUCCGGGAUUUACCAGGUCUUAAGACGCCUCUGGGUCGUGCACGGGCCUGGCUUCGAUUGGCACUCAUGCAAAAAAAAAUGGCUGAUUAUCUGCGUUGCUUAAUAAUUCAGAGGGAUCUCUUGAGUGAAUUCUAUGAGUAUCAUGCACUAAUGAUGGAAGAAGAAGGAGCAGUAAUUGUUGGGCUGCUGGUUGGCCUGAAUGUGAUAGAUGCUAAUCUGUGUGUAAAGGGAGAGGAUUUAGAUUCACAAGUUGGAGUGAUUGAUUUUUCCAUGUAUUUAAAGAAUGAAGAAGAUAUUGGAAAUAAAGAAAGAAAUGUUCAAAUUGCUGCCAUAUUAGACCAGAAAAAUUAUGUUGAAGAGUUAAAUCGACAGCUGAACAACACAGUCAGCAGCCUCCAUUCAAGAGUCGAUUCAUUAGAAAAGUCAAAUACUAAGCUCAUUGAAGAGUUAGCAAUAGCAAAGAAUAAUAUCAUUAAGCUCCAAGAAGAAAAUCAUCAAUUGCGAAGUGAAAAUAAAUUGAUUUUAAUGAAAACGCAGCAGCAUCUAGAGGUUACCAAAGUGGACGUGGAAACGGAACUUCAAACAUAUAAGCAUUCUCGUCAGGGACUGGAUGAAAUGUACACUGAAGCCAGAAGGCAGCUUCGAGAUGAAUCACAGUUACGACAGGAUGUGGAGAAUGAGCUAACAGUACAAGUUAGUAUGAAAAAAGAAAUUGAACUUGCCGUGAAGUUGUUGGAGAAAGACAUCCACGAGAAACAAGAUACUCUGAUAGGUCUUCGACAACAACUGGAGGAAGUUAAAGCAAUUAACAUAGAGAUGUAUCAAAAGUUGCAGGGCUCUGAAGAUGGCUUGAAAGAAAAAAAUGAAAUAAUUGCCCGACUAGAAGAAAAAACCAGUAACAUUACUGCAGCCAUGAGGCAGCUGGAACAAAGAUUGCAGCAAGCAGAGAAGGCACAAAUGGAAGCUGAAGAUGAGGACGAGAAAUAUCUACAAGAAUGUCUGAGUAAAUCCGACAGUCUGCAGAAACAAAUCUCCCAAAAGGAGAAACAGCUGGUUCAACUGGAAACUGAUGUGAAGAUUGAAAAGGAGUGGAGGCAGACUUUGCAGGAAGAUCUUCAAAAGGAGAAGGAUGCCUUAUGUCAUCUCAGAAAUGAGACCCAACAAAUCAUUAUUCUGAAAAAAAAAUCCCUUAACCUCCAGGAUGAAAAUCAGCAGUUGAAGAAAGUAUGUCAUGAUCAAGAGCAAGCGCUUCAAGAACUUGGCAACAAGCUUAGCGAAUCAAAACUUAAAAUAGAAGAUAUAAAAGAAGCCAACAAAGCAUUACAGGGACUAGUUUGGUUAAAAGACAAAGAAGCAACACACUGCAAACUUUGUGAAAAGGAAUUCUCACUCUCCAAGAGAAAGCACCACUGUAGAAACUGUGGGGAAAUUUUCUGUAAUGCCUGCUCUGACAACGAACUGCCUCUGCCGUCUUCACCAAAGCCGGUACGGGUCUGUGACUCCUGUCACGCGUUGCUGAUUCAGAGAUGCUCAUCUAACUUGCCAUAGACUACAGGACUAAAUCCUUAUGUAUGGAAUGAAGUAUGCACGAUUGUUAUGUAUGGACAUGUACACCACAAAGUAUCCUGACAGCCCUUCUUAAGCAGCUUUCAGUCGUUUAUCUUCUACAUAUCCAAACUCAUGGGAAUUAGAAAUUGUUUAAUUUGGUAUUUCCUACCUUAUUUAAAACAUUUUUUAAUAGGGCAUGCUUUAAAAUAACUUUAGCUUAAUUCCUAAUUGACGUAGUAAUCAUGGAACCCUUAAGUCCACUGGAAGGCCAGCUAGCAUAGCUAACACUCAAUUGCCUUAUCUUGUAAAGGCCUUCUUAAAGGCUUCAGAUUGCUUUAUUCUUCCAGACUGUCAAGUUGAUACUAAUUUGGUGCCUGUUAAUUCUCAAUGCACUUUAAAGCUUCAUGGUUCUCAGAAAGAUUAGAAAUGUAUAGAUCUUUCUAGAAGUAUUAAUAUUCCAACAGUUUUCAUCAGCUUGGUAAAAUUUCAGCUGUAUUUAUUGGCCCUGGUCCCUUCCCCUCCUUUAUUCCUUUUGCAUUAGAAGACAUCCUUUUGGUCUUUCUCCUUUUCAAAUUACUGUUGUGCUUGCUGAUAACUUUCAGAUCCAGUGGGCAUUGGUAUUUCACCUCAAUUUCUUGCUUCUAAUAUUCAAAGAAAGUUCCACAUAACCAUCACCCUCUUUAAACCUUGUUACUUGCAGACCUUUCUGUAUACUACCAGUGCCGUUAAAUUUUGAGGGGAGUCUCAGACACCAUUUGAGAAGAAUAAAAGCAUAAACCCUUCCCCAGAAACAAGUGUAUAACAGUGGGAUUAUAGACUCCUGAUAAAGUCUAAGCAUUAAAAAAAAAAAAAAAAAAAAAAAAAAAAA